CAAGAAACGACGGUGGAAAGAAACGACGCAGACAUAAACAGUUAUUCGACAACAGACAUCCGGCAAGAAUCCCGCCCAGGGUCCCGAGUUACUGGCCGUUUGUCCGCGGAGUAUCAACAACAGAAUUACACUUUUGUCGGCAUCAGUGAUUGGAUCAUAGUGGCGGUGUACCCGUCCAUUCCUUCCCAGGUUCCAGAUCCCCACACUGGAGCUAUGAUGGCGGCGGUAGAAGACGAAUGGACAACAUGGAGCAUAUGCAGCGCAUCGUGCAAAGACGAACGUGCUGUUCUGCUCCAUAUCCAUGCUGGAUCGGCCCCUCACCGAUAAAGGACUGAGAGCAGGAUGCCCCGCUUCGAAACCAGUCCACAAUGUCUCUCCGGAACAUACUUUUCCCCAUCGCCCUGACCAGUGCAACACUCACCUGCACACUUGCUGCCACGGAUAUCACGCAACUCUGGGGCCCGGGGUCGCCGUACUUUCCCUCGGGGACGUACACGGGUCCGCCCCCGGGAUGCUCCGUCACCCAAGUCAAUCUAAUCCAGCGCCACGGCGCUCGGUUUCCCACGAGCACCAAGGCGGCGGCGUCGGUUGCAAAGCUGCAGAGCGUGGCGAGCUACACGGACCCGGCCUUCGACUUUCUCAAUACGUUCAAGUAUGACCUCGGUGUCGCUAGCCUAGUGCCAUUCGGAGCGCAGCAAUCGUUCGAAUCAGGGAAGCUCAUGUUCCAGCGCUACGAAACGCUGCUUACGUCCGGCUCUGCACCGUUCGUGCGCGCUGAUAGCAGCAAGCGGGUGGUGGACAGCGCGACCAAUUGGACUGCGGGCUUCAGCGCUGCGAGCCACGGCGCCCUCUCCCCCAUGCUCACGGACAUCCUCAGCGGAAACGACACGCUCGACGACUCCUCGUGCGCCAAUGCCGGCUCCUCCGACAACGCGACGAGCGCCUGGCUCGCGGUCUACGGCCCACCGAUCACCGCUCGCCUCAACAAGGCCGCGCCGGGUGCGAAUCUGACGAACGACGACAUGGUCAACAUCAUGGGCCUGUGCUCGUUCGAGACUGUCGCGAGCGCGCCGUUCGCGCCCGGCAAGGGGGCGUCGGAUCUGCAGCUGAGCCCGUUCUGCUCGCUUUUCUCCGUCGCCGAGUUCAAGGCCGCGGAAUACUCGUCUGAUCUGGACAAGUACUACGGAACCGGACAUGGGGGCCUCCUCGGGCGCGUGCAGGGCGUCGGCUACGUCCUUGAGCUCAUCGCGCGGCUCACCAACACGCCCGUCCCUUCUCUGGUCAACAUCAACACCACCCUCGACGCAUCCCACGCGACGUUCCCGCUGGACCGCACGUUCUACGUGGACUUCACGCACGACAACGAGCUCGUGGCGAUCUACGCCGCACUCGGGCUCUUCAAGCAGGCUGUGCCACUGCCGACGACCGCUGCGGUGAACGACGGGGUGGGGAAGGCGGGGCAGUGGGUCGCGUCGCGGCUCGUGCCGUUCAGCGGGCGCAUGGUCACCGAGAAGCUGCGGUGCGGGGCAGCUCAGGGAGACGUUGUGCGCAUAUUCGUGAACGAUGCGCUGCAGCCGCUUGAGUUCUGCAACGGCGGACACAGCAAGGAGGGGCUGUGUACUCUGGAUGCGUUCGUCGAGAGCCAGGCUUAUUCGGUCAGCGGUGGGCUGGGGGAUUGGGAUUUGUGUUUCUCGUGAUUCACUGUUUGCGUGUGAAAGCAUACAUCCACGUGCCUGCGAACCGUGGAAAUGUUCUCACAUGCUACUGGUUCCAUUCCCCAAUCCCAGGCACGACUGGAAACGGUGUUUUAGCAAGCUGUACUGCCCUCCGUUCGACGAGUCUCCCUUGUCCCCGUUGACAGGCGCAGCUCCCUCCCCGGGUGCAAUCGCAGUGUUUCCGGCAACGGGAGAUAUUGUGACUGCUGAGAACGAGUCCAUGGCGGUGGAUAGGGUAGGGUCUGAUGACAGGAAUGGGGCAGGCUCGGGAGUCAGAGAUGCUAUCGAUAGGUGCAUCAGCCAAAUUGGCAGCGCCACUGUCAUGCCGUGCCUGUGGAUUUGUGGGCCUGUACGCCUCUGAUCGAUAUCUCUUGUUCGUCUGGCGGUGUUCGACGAGGAGCGGCUGCCCGCCGUCAUUCUUUGUUGAUUCGGGCUUUCGCUGAAGGGAAAAGUAUGUUUUCGGCGAUCCGUACAAGCCUAAGAAUCCUCGAUCUCGCAACCUUUUUGAACGACGGCAACGAUAUGUGAUACGGAAUCUCAUCAUGCACGCCCAUAGCAGCUGCUGAUUGACACACACCGGAUGAGGAUCACACUAACCGGGUUGAAACGGCGGAAAAAUGGACACGGAAUACGGUGCCUUCCUUGGCCGACUCUUGGGUGUUGUUGGAUGUUCACGAGACAUUGGCAUGUGUACGUUCCCCGGCUACGUUUACUGCAGGAGUUACUCUGAGCACUUAGCCCAACUCGCCUGGCUCCCUGAACACCGAGCCGUUGGACUCAAAAAUGCGUGCCUAGACAGGCAUCAUUUUGCAGAGGUACAAAGAAUGUUCAUACAAGUAGUCCCAAAUCAUAUCCAUCCGUGCCACAAGAGCCGG